CUGCAUUGUACUUGUUUUCGGCUGGCAUUGCGACAACCUGAAUUGCCAAAGUAAUACGGCUCCCGCUAGUCCAUCCUUACCGGAACCGCAGCAGCCAGUCGGAAUCGUCGUUCAGUAGCCGGUUACCAGCAAACUGAACUGCCCAGUGUGUGUGUGUGUGUGUCUGUCAAUCUCGAAUUUCUCCAGGAACUCGAACUCCUCCAUUCCGGUUCCCCAGAAUUGAUUGCUCUUGUGUGAGCGAACUCCAGCUCCUUGUUUUCAAACCCCCUUCUUCCAGCUUGUGUCUUUACUCGCGUGCAAUUCAUCACAUCGCGACAGCUGCUCACCGGUCUCAGCGACGGAGUGGCUCACUUGUACCUCACUUUUCCUUCUGCCCCUGUGUUCAACUCCUCCGCACGCCACGCGACAGAUUAUUUUGGCUGCGCUGCGCGAACCUCCUACCGAUCUCGGAGGAAAUCCUACCUCACCUUUCUCCUUCCUUUCUCAUACCAAUUGACCAGACCAAGACCACCUGCCAACCAUGGCGACCGUCACAGAAGCUGUCAAAGAGUCCUUGAUAGGUGCAACACAACCUGAAAGCUUAUCAACUGAGGCGCGGCUCAGCUUUCUGAAACACUCACGGCGAGGCGAUGAUGGCGAGCUCUACAUGAACGAGGAGGACUUUAUUGAUGCCAUUGCUCCCCCUGAGGAAGACUAUCACAAAAUCAAGAGAGAGCAGUAUGGCAUCCUCUUCAAUGUCGCCGAUCGACACAAGCGUGGCCGGAUUUCCAUGUCUGAAUGGGCCGCCUUUGACAACCUGCUUGCGAAACCGGACGCCGAGUACGAAAUAGCGUUCCGCCUGUUCGAUGUCGACGGCACCGGCUUGAUCAAGUCGGAAGCAUUCCAAAAGAUCUACGAGCAGAACCGAGGUCGAGACAGCAUCCCCUUCGACUUCAACUCGGAAUGGGCGACGUUGUACAUUGGCGGCAAGAACAAGAGACAUGAAAUGACAUACCCGCAAUUUGCACAGAUGAUGCGUGGCCUGCAGGGCGAACGGAUACGACAGGCCUUUCAUCUCUUCGACAAAGACAAGGACGGAUACAUUGAACCAGAAGAGUUUGAACGCAUCAUCCGAGACACCGCAGGCCACAAGUUGUCCGACCAUGUCCUGGAAAACCUCCCUACCUUGUGCAACAUCUCGACUGGAAGCAAGAUCUCGUACGCCAAUGUUCGUGCAUUCCAAAAUGUGAUUCGCGAAAUGGACCUGUUGGAUCUCAUCAUUCGCAAUGCCACCAAGAAAUCCUCGGAUGGGCGCAUCGACCGCACCGACUUUCUCAACGAAGCCGCUCGAUUGACCCGGUUUUCUCUCUACACGCCCAUGGAGGCCGACAUCUUGUUCCACUUUGCCGGUCUUGACGUACCUUCUGGAAGAUUAUCUCUGGACGACUUCGCCAAAGUUUUGGAUGCCAGCUGGCAGACGUCGGUCGCCAAACUGGGCGCCAUCAGCGACACUGCCGACCGUGUCGUUUCCAAAUCGCAACAGUUCCUCCACAGCCUCUUGGAGUCUGCCCACCAUUUCGGCCUCGGUAGUAUCGCAGGUGCAUUUGGUGCUUUCAUGGUCUAUCCGAUCGAUCUGGUCAAGACGCGCAUGCAGAACCAGCGAAGCGUACUUCCGGGUGAACGAUUGUACGAGAACUCGAUCGACUGUGCACGCAAGGUCAUCCGCAACGAAGGUUUCCGGGGGUUAUACUCUGGUGUGCUCCCGCAACUGGUUGGCGUGGCUCCAGAGAAGGCCAUCAAGUUGACCGUCAACGACCUUGUCCGUUCCCGAUUUACCGACAAACAGACCCAUGCCAUUCCCAUCUGGGCGGAAUUACUUGCAGGCGGCUCGGCCGGUGCAUGUCAAGUGGUAUUCACCAACCCUCUUGAAAUUGUCAAGAUCCGACUUCAAGUCCAAGGCGAACUGCUCAAAAAGUCCGACGCAGCGCCCAGACGGUCAGCAAUGUGGAUCGUGCGCAACCUGGGUAUUCUGGGCUUGUACAAAGGCGCCUCGGCGUGUCUAUUGCGAGACGUCCCCUUCUCAGCCAUCUAUUUCCCCACCUACAACCACCUGAAGCGCGACAUGUUUGGCGAAUCCCCACAGAAGAAAUUGGGCGUCAUCCAGCUUUUGACCGCCGGUGCCAUCGCAGGCAUGCCGGCCGCAUACCUCACCACCCCCUGUGACGUGAUCAAGACCCGGUUGCAAGUCGAGGCGCGCAAGGGCGACGUCACCUACAAUGGUCUGACUGACUGUGCGCGCAAGAUCUGGAAACAAGAAGGAUUUAGAGCAUUCUUCAAGGGCGGUCCCGCUCGUAUCUUGCGUUCUUCGCCUCAAUUCGGUUUCACUCUGGCUGCAUACGAGGUGCUCAGCAAGUUGUUGCCGUUUGGGGAUGACGAACAUGACGCUCAUCAUGCCGGUGCCACUGCAGCAGGCAAGACGGAGCCCGGCGUCGGUUUGAGAGAGGCCAAAGCACCCCUGCCGUAUUUGCGCAGUCGGAAUGCUUUGAAGAUUCUGUUGGAUCUGGACAACAGUUUCGGUAGGGUUAAGGUCCCUGCGUCUCUUGAGGGGUCGAGGUUCUUUUCGAAAUGAGCGCCUGACUCGACUGAGGAGGUGUUCUUGUUUCGGUUCUCUUUUCAAUACUCGAUUGGUUUCUUUUUUGGGGCCGAUGAGGAUUGAUCCGUCCAAAUUGAGAUGGUACUUCUAUCAUGGUCAACCGUGCUGAUUCCCGAAGCGGAUUUGGUACUGUUGUUAAUAAUACUCUCUGCUGCUGCGAUGGAGAGGGGAGCUGAUGGUGGAACUGGAGCUGGAGAUGGGCAGCCGAAUCUCUCGAGAGAGAGAGAUACUGCGGUGUGUGGGAGCGUUUCAAACCGGGCAUGUGUGUGAGAGUGUACCAACAUCAACAGCAUCCAGCAGCAAGUCACGACAAAAAGUCACAUCACAAUACGGUGCGCUACGUCAAGCAAGCAAGCAAACAAACAAACAAGGAUGGAAGCAGAUUACACCGUGGCGAUGGCAAUGGCGAUAGUGAUGGUGAUGCUGGACUUGUUCUGUACGACAUCUUUUCUCAGGAUGACAACAACAUGGCGGGUAAUUUGUUUCUUUUUGUCUGCAGAGAGGAAAUCGAGCUAGAUGAUGGCACCACGGGCACGGCGGCAGGAUGAUUGAUGCCACUGGCAGUGUGCAAAAGCAUACCUUAGAUUAGCGUAGCGUAGCAUAGCAUGAGCAUGGCAUGGCAAGAGAGCAAUAGAAUUGGCAUUUCAUUGCGUUCAGUUGCAGGGCAUGGAAAGACUGGCAGUGACAUUAGCACUGGUAUCCCGUCCAUUUUCCAGCGAAUGAACUUGUCCUCAAGCAGUA